CGAACUCCCUCGAUUCUCACAGGCGAAGCUCUGCAACGUCGAAGGAGAAAGAGCCACGGUGAUGAUGAGAAUUACGGCGGCCCAAAGCGAAACCUAAUCUUCUUUUCGACCUUCCAGUCUACAGUCUUAUGUGUGUUUGGCCGUCUCUCCUGUGCGUCGUUUCUCCCAUAUUUCAGGGUUUUCACAUAUCUCUCGUAUUCCUUCCUAAAUCUCUCAGUCUCACAUUCCGUCUUUUGCUUAUGUGGUUCAGAAGGAAGGACUCAUGAGUUAUUGAUUCUAGUGGUUUACAUAUGAGGUGAUGCAAUGCCAGUUGCUGCUAAUCCAUGCGGAUAUAUUGAUUAGUCACAAAUCUCAGAAGGGUUUUAACUGAAUUUUUCUUGGAACUCGAAUUUCAUAUUUGCCCGGCUUCGCAGUUUCGGUGUUAAGUUCUAUGGUUCGUCUGUAAUAGAUGCUUGAUCGAGCAUGUUAGCUGCUGGGAGACGCAUUCAGCUUAUUCUUCCAUGUAUCUCCCUCAAUCCCAGUUUCAAUCCAGCGUUGAGUUUACAUUCCGUGUAUUCGUCUAUUUUCAGAAUAAGUAGAUGUUACCUUGCAACAGAGGCCUCUCCUGAUAAAGAUAGUGUGUCAGAUGAAGUAUUGAAUGACUUUCUUUCAGUCAUUGAAAAUGAAUCGGCACCAAGUGUGGAAGUCUGUUCUGCAUACAUUGAUAAGAUGUGCAAUGCAGGGAAUGUUUCUGCUGCGAGAAAAAUGCUAAAAGUGUUGCAUGACAAGAACAUUCACUUUUCCUAUAAGUUGUAUGCCCGCUUAUUAGUAAUGGCUAGUCAGAAGAAUGAUAUUGACCUUUCAUGUCAAGUUUUCAAGAAAUUGCUGUUGUCCAAUGAAUCCAUAGGCACAACCGUGUAUCUUAACUUUUCUCAAGCUUUCACAGAGUCGAGUGAUUGUGUGGAGCUGCUAAGUUUUGUUAAAGAAGUAUUAGAGAUGAGCCGUUCAAGUAUAUCAGUGAUAAACAGGAUAAUUUAUGCCUUUGCCAAAAGUGGGCAGAAGGAUAAGGCAUUGUUAAUAUUUGAUCACCUUAAAAGAGCAAAUUUUACUCUGGAUUUGAUAACAUACAAUAUUGUUUUAGAUAUUUUAGGUCGUUCAGGUCGUAUGGAUGAAAUGCUUACUGAGUUUGCAUCUAUGGAGGAAGUUGAUAUUGUCCCAGAUUUUAUUUCUUACAACACUUUAAUCAACAGCUUGCGAAGGAUUGGAAGAUUUGAUAUGUGUUUAUUGUAUUUAAGGAAGAUGGUUGAGAGUGGAAUUGAACCAGAUUUGCUUACAUAUGCUGCAUUAAUUGAGAGUUUUGGUCGAUCAGGAAAUGUUGAGGCAUCAUUGGAACUUUUCAGGCAGAUGAAGAUGAUGAAGAUUCGUCCUUCCAUAUACAUCUAUCGAUCACUAAUUGCAAACUUAAAUAGAGCAGGAAAGUUUCAAUUGGCAGCAGAACUUUCGGAUGAGAUGAAUUCAUCUUCUACUUGUCUAGCUAAGCCAGAGGAUUUUAAACCAAAAGGAAGGCAAAGGAAAUCAUGAGGUACAUGGGUAUGCAUGGGGUGCUAUUCUUUGUGACUUCUCAAUUGCUAGAUAAUGACUAACUGGUAGCCUAUUAAAUGUUCCAUUGAGGUGUGUAGCACCCCUAAUCUAAGUUAUCUGAAAUAUGGUUUUUUAAUAGGAGUGCACUGUAUAUUGUCAACUAAUGAAUUAACAGGCAUUUACCCAUACAGGAUGCUUACUGUUCCCUUUGUACAUAUUGAGAUCCGGGUGAUUCGAGAAGGAAAAAUGCAAUGUCAUCCCCUUUCCUUUUUCUUCUAUACUCGUGUACAAGAGAUUGUAUCACUAUCACUAUGUUUGUAUGUGAUUGCUCUGUGAUUUUAUCAGCAAACUGGACAUUUUUAUUAUAUUAUUCUUUAUGACUUAUAACUAGUGUGACUUACCAAUAAAUUUUAUACUUUACAUUGAAGGAAAUAAUUUUGGCUUAGAA